AUGGCGCCCCAUGCAGAGGUUCUUCCACUUGUCGAAUUCUCAUUUUCCAAGCAUCAAAGCAAUGAGCUCGAGAAAGUAAUCUUGUCGCCUCAAAUUUUAGAGUUGGUAGAUAACCAAACCGAAGCUGAGACAAUCAAGGAACCUUUUCAACGAACUCCUUCUUACCCAAUAGAACAACUUCCUGGAGCCUUACCAGACACUAAGAUUUCGCCUUCAAUCAACCAUGUUGCAGUUGUUGACUACUGCCUUCGAUACUUGGACCAAUUUAACGUUGAUGUCUUCUGUCAGAACGGCAUUUGGAGAGAUAUAUACGCACUGACUGGGCUGCCGCGAACAUUUUAUGGCCCCCAAGGCAUCCACUCAGCCUGGACAGAACUUGAGAAAUCUCACCAUCCUUCGACGUUCAGACUAAUUGAAGGCACUUCGAAAGUGGUGGAUAUGGGAAAUGGUCAUUCAUGGAUCCAAGCUCGCUUCUCCUUCGUCACCAGUGGAGCGCCCAUUACCAAAUGCUCCGGCCAGAUUGGCAUUGUCCCCGACCUGGAGUUUGGUUGGAAGAUCUGGUUUCUGACCACUAUUCUCGAGGAGAUCGAGGGCUUGCCAAAUCCAGACUCAAUUUCGCCAGAAAUAGUAAAAAAAGGUCCUCCCAAGCCCAAAAAUAGCGAUACAGAUUUCGAUUGCAUCAUCGUUGGAGCCGGAUUCGCAGGACUCUGCCUCGCCGGCCGAUUGAAGGCGAUGGGGAUAAGUUAUCUCAUCAUUGAAAAGAAUGAAAACAUUGGCGAUAACUGGACCUCAAGAUACGACUCCGCCAGAUUCCAUACCUCCAAAUACUACAGUGACAUGCCUCUAGGCAAUAUUUUUGGCGAAGAUUAUGAUUACUUCCCCAGUGGGAAAGAGCUGGCACGGGGCUACCAGGCGUACGUCGAAAAGCACCAGAUCAAUGUCUCACUCUCGAGUUGCUUGCAAUCGGCCUCUUUUGAUCAGAAAAUAAACACAUGGACGAUCAAUUUCGCUCGCAAAGGCGAAACCAAAACCAUCAAAGCUCCUCAUUUCGUUUUCGCGAUUGGUGCUGGUGGCACUAUCCCCAAAAUGCCGCAGUUGCCAGGCAGGGAGAAGUUCAAUGGCAUUGUAAUCCAUUCUGCUACGUACAAGAAUGCGUCUGAGUGGAAGGGCAAGAGAUGUGUGAUCGUGGGAGUUGCGAAUACGGCGCAUGACGUGGCCGAGGAUAUGCUAGACGCUGGAGCCGCCGAGGUGACAAUGAUUCAGCGCGGUCGUACGUCCGUCUUCCCCAUCGAGCAUUACAAAGCCUGGUCAGACCCAAUCUACAAUGAGACUUCAAAGAUUGAAGACGCAGAUCGACAAAUUAUGGCAUUGCCGCUCGUUGUCACACGUCUAGCUGCGUUGCACGGUGGAAGACCGCUUGUGGAUGCUGAGCCUGAGCGGUUUGAUUCGCUCGAAAGGGCGGGUUUCCGCGUGGAGCGAUAUGGGGACCUCUGGAAGCUCCUCACGGACAGACUUGGAGGUCACUACAUGGACGUUGGUGCUUCUGCGAAAGUAUCAGCUGGCUUGAUCAAAAUCAAAGGUGAUGCUGCAUUGACAGCAUAUGAUGAGACAGGCCUUGUGUUUAGUGACGGCAGCCAUCUCGACGCCGAUGUGGUUGUAUUCUGUACUGGAUAUUCCCAUGAUGUACGCGGCCAGGCCACCCGAUUUGUGGGCCAAGAGUUGGGUGAGCAUUUAGAUGAUUACUGGGAGAUCGAUCAUGAAGGUGAGCUCCGAGGCGUGUACAAGCCCCAUGGCAUCCCUGGAAUCUGGUAUACUGGUGGCGGUGUCACAUUUGCGCGCUUCUACUCGAGGUUUCUGGCACUCCAAAUAGGUGGUGAUGUGUCAGACAAACGCCUGAAAGUUUACAACAAGAAGUACCUACGGUAUUGA